AUGGUUACUGCCAAAGCGUACACCGUCGACUUGUCAGAUCGCCACCAAAUCAAUAAAACUGCAGAUCUGGUGAAAUCAGAAAUUGGAAAAAUCGAUAUUCUAAUCAAUAAUGCAGGAAUUGUCACAGGUAAAAAAUUAUUCGAUUGCCCCGACGAAAUGAUGGAGAAGACAAUGGCCGUCAACACGAACGCCCUGUUCUAUACAACAAAGAACUUCCUGCCAGCGAUGCUGGAAUCCAACCAAGGCCAUAUUGUGACAAUCGCCUCAAUGGCCGGCAAAACCGGUGCCGCCGGUCUUGUCGACUAUUGCGCUUCGAAGCACGGAGCCGUCGGAUUCAACGAUUCGUUGGCGAAUGAGAUCUACGCGAUGAAAAAGGAUGUGAAGACGACAGUGGUGUGCCCGUUUUAUAUCAACACUGGAAUGUUCGAUGGAGCCCAGACAAAAUGGCCAACACUUUUGCCAAUUCUCGAGCCCGAAUACGUAGUUGAUUGUAUAAUGGAGGCGAUACUCACAAAUCGCGCUUUCAUCGCGCUGCCAAAGACAUGCUACUUGGUGAUGGCGCUAAUGAGCUGCCUUCCAACCGAAGUCAACCUCCUCUAUGGCGAUUAUUUCGGAAUCACAACGUCGAUGGACAACUUCCGCGGGCGGCAGCCGGCGAAAGCCUAA